UUGAGGGCAGUCUGGGCGGGAGACGAGUUGAGAAGCAACUCUUCCGUGUAUUCUUCACUUCUUUCAACGAGAGCAGCUGAGUGAAGUAUUACAGAAUGGGAAACUUGUGGAGCGGGGGGGAUAAAGAUCCAGAGACAUCCCAGCGUGCUGAUCCUCCGAGGGGAGCAGUCAUCGCCCAGAAUGGAGGGGUUUUCAACCAACCUCAGUUUAGUGGUGUUACCGUCGGAGGGAAUCUAACGGUCCAAGUCACGCAGGGUCCAGGUGCGGCAGGUGCACCGAGGAGUGUCCCAGCAGAGGACUGCGUCCCCGCUGACGACGGCGCCCCCGCUGACGACGGUGUCCCCGCUGAUAAGAAACUGUUCUCAGUUCGGACACAGUUUGUAGAAAGAGUGUCUAAUGCUGUUCUGGACCAGCUUCUGGAUAAAGUGCUUGAGCAUGAGAUCAUAAAUGAUGGUGAAAUGCAGUCAAUGAACAUUAAAGCCAAAGCAGACAAAGCACGAGACCUGAUCGACACGGUGCGGAAGAAAGGAACUAAAGCCAGCUCGGUUCUGAUCACCGCUCUCCGUGAGGCCGAUCCGUGUCUUUCCAGAGAGCUGAAACUACGCUGAAGAAAAGGCAGGAAACUGUGGAGUGUAGUGAUCAAUCUCUAAAAUAACUUUCUAUUAAAUGUACUUAUCAGACCGUCCUCACCCUGAAAACAACCGCAUAGGUCGAUUGUGCAAGCAGAUUAUAACGAUUCAUAUUUACAUUUGUUUGAAGUUAGGUGAUGAAUAAAAUCGCCAAACUCUGUCAGGAGGCGGGUUCAGAUGAGUCAAACAAACACAGGACUUUCUCCCAGGAGACCAGGGUUCAUGUUAUGUUUGAAACCAACAGUCACUAAAAUAUAAAAAUUUAAAUAAUUAGCGUUGGGUAUCGUUUUUUCUUUUCUUUCAAUACCGGUGCUAAAACGAUACUUACUACUAUGGCUUAAUAGUUUCAAAUGUCGUUUUUCUGAUGGCAGCUGCACACUGCUUAACACCCCGCUGUUAGAAUCCUCUCCAGUGAAAUACAGCCACACUUUAGCUGUCAGCAU